UCGCGACUUUUCAACAACUAUCUAUUGAAGUCGAUGUUUUAAAUGUUUAGUGCAGUGAAAAAUAGAUUGGUAUUCAAAAACUGAUCAAGCCGAUUUAACUUCGUGGUUGUUGAUAGUAUCAAACAAACAUAGAUCGCAAACGCGUAUUUUAACUUCCGUUUAGUGUCUAUCCCAACUUUAUCAGAAAAGAACUGCAUUAUAUCAACUAUUUGACAAGUUAUUUGUUUGUGUAUUAUGUUUACAAAAGUUGGAGGCAUGAUAACUUAUUGAAAGUAAUUGGACCUGUGGUAAACCGCUGCUCCCGUAAUUACUCUAAUUAAACCAGGUCAACGCAACACGGAUGUCAAAGAGAUAGCGUGAAAGUGAAAACCCAAUCAAAGCAGCCACUUUAUCCCCAAAGUCAUAGGAUUCAGCACAAAGAGUUGGCCUGGCCAAAAACCACAAGCACCAAAGAGACAGAAGGCCACGGGGCGAGGACGGUGGCACAAUAGACAAAGUGUAUCAAUUAUAAUACGGGCACAAGGCGAAGGAUCCCCAGCCAGGGGCAAAAAGAAGGGGAGGCACAGAAGCCAGGACCCAGGAACCAGAAAACAGGAACCAGAAGUAGGAGCUAACACAGAGGGAAAAAGUUCUAGUAAAGGCGACCACACUCACACACAGGCCAUGUUGGCUACGACAAGUACAACCACAAUUACCUCGGAUCCGGGCAUCCUCUGUUUUCAUCACUGCAACGUGAAAGUUUUCUGCUUCACUUUGCCGCACACUUGUCCCCAUUGCAAUGCCCCACUGGACGCGGAUGUGGAUGCGGAUGGGGAUGCGGAUUCGAGUGCGGAUGCGGAUCCAAAUGCGGAACUAGACAGGGGCGGGCCACGCCUCCUGCUCCUGCCCUUUCGCCUGCCAUAUCCCUUUGUGCGGGCCACACAGUAUCCAUGCGCCAUUGUCCUGCGUCCUUCCACCGGCGAUUUCCUCAACGAUUACAGCAACGCCACCGAUUUGCAUAUCGCAGUGACCACAUCCGGCGGCGACAUCGUGGAGUUCGAUCGCUUUGGCCUGCGCCGCCAUCGGCGGGACGAUAAUCCGCCGGAGUGGCGGCAGUCGCUGAUGGUGGGCGAUGUGCCGGAGCCGUGGCAUGACUUUUGGGACGAAGUUUUGGAGCAGAUCUGCGCCCAAUCGGUGCGGUGGUCCAUCGCGAGUUAUGCGGAGGAGAGCCACAACUGCUACGCCUUCGUCCUGGCCUUCCUGCAGGCCCUGGGCCACGCCCACCUCAGCGAGGCCGCCCGCAGUAAGACCGCCUUCUGCGAACAGUGUAUAGUUCCAAGGACGACGACGGCGGGCAAGUACAUAUCGCUUUAUCGCAAAAUCCGGCGGAGUGGAAUCUACGUCCAUCGACAGCAGCCCAAAAAUCGCAGUAAGCCAAUAGCAUCCUCCACUCCCUCAAGUUCCUAUUCCUCGGUUGGAUGCGAUGGUGUUGGCAGCAGCAGCAAACAGGUCUCAAAGAAAGGAUACUCAAGCAGCAGUAUUUCCGGCAUUGCAAACCGCCCAAGGCCCACUCUGUGCACCAUCGAAGAGUAAUUAAAUCGUAAAUCCUAACUAUCAUUAUGUAAAAUCU